GAUAUUUAAGAUACCAUUUAUUGUCGCUUAGUUUGUAGAUCUAUUUGUUUGCAACCCAAGUUUCUGCUACUAUCAAGCAGCCUAUUUUAUUCGCUUAUACCAACCAAUGGAUUGAAAAUGACAAUGUGUUGACACUUUUAAAGAAUUUUUUCAAAUUAGAUUGGCUUAGGUUAGCGCUCAGGCUAUAUUGGUGGAAUGUCGAAAAUCGUGCAGAAUAAGAUCAAAAGGUCAUUGUCCUAUAUUGAAUUGAAAAAAGCUAAAGGCUGUUCAGCAAACUAAUUAUGUCGAGUCAGAUUGUCGUCGUAGUGCACGAGAUACAAGCAAUAGAUGCUCUUGUCAUUCAAUCAAUAGACAAUAUAUUGAUAUUUUCAAAAGAACACCAAGAGUAAUGGCUGCUGACAAUUUCUCAUUUUAUCUCAUAUCUCCACUCUCAUGCUCGCUGUCACCAACUGUUAAUAGUUUAGAAAGCACAAUGUUGUCCAGUAAACUGCCAAUAAUUUCAUGAGACUGGCUGUUUACUACACUGACACCUUAUUUGGUGUUUCAUUUUACGUGAAUAUAGCGAAUACAUCCUGUAUCAAAAUUGACACAUCAAAUAGUGUGUAGUUAUACAAAGUUGGCACAAGAAAAACACUCGAAACAAAGGAAUUUCUACAUAAUUAGGUAUCUACCUCGAUAAUAUCCAUUUUUUGGAGCGUAGGCUACAAGUUUUAAUAACUGACAACUAACACACUAUCGUUAACAUUGGGACGCGACUUCAAUACUGAUAUAUCCAACAGAGAUGCUGGUCAACAAAAGUGAAAUAGAAGGCAGUACUAAUUCUAGCGUAGAAUAUCAAGAAAGCACAGACAGUUUAUCAGACACUGACGAGCCUGAUGACUAUGAUAACUUGAGUGACACAAACAUAGAAAGCUACGAGUGUGACGAUGAGGACGAUGAUGCAUCAGUGGAUCUCGAAAAUUCUCAGGAGCAUAGGCAAGACAUGCAAAAUGAUAAAUUUACAAGUGAUAAUCACAGUAAUGAUGACUCUAGACACACGUCAUUCGUAUCGGGUAUCACCACUUGCAUUCAUACACCAUUAAAUGGAGAAAACUGUACUUCAGUUGAACACUUAUCGCAGCCAUCUCAAGUACAGAAAUUUAAAUCUCCUAUAUGUAGCAGUCUGUUUUUGGAUGGAGAAGCAGUAUUGUAUUUUCCUCAACCGGGCCAAAAAGUCGGUCUGCUUUCCAAACAUCUCCAAUCACUGUUGGUUUGGAAAGUCAGUAAAGGCUCGCCACGAGUAAUACGUAAUGCUUUACGAUCUGUUCAAUUCAAACUCAUCAAAACUGGAAAAAAUUGGAUUGGAUAUUGGGGAAAGCACCUUCCUUCAGAGAAAUAUAAAGAUGUCGAGCCAUGGCAAAAAAUCAAUCAUUUUCCAAUGUCGUUUGAAAUUGGACGCAAGGAUCGUAUGUACAUGAACAACAUGGAAAUGAGAGAAAGAUUUGGACACAGCGGAUUGGAUUUUACACCAGAAACUUUCAUACUGCCACGUUCAAGACGAAUACUAAAACGAGGGUUUUCUAAAUAUCCACUAUGGAUUCUAAAACCACCAGCAUCAGCUCGUGGAAACGGAAUACGAGUUAUUAACAAAUGGUCAGAGAUUCCAAAAAAGCGCGAUCUUAUAUGCUCGCAGUACAUUUCAAAUCCAUUCCUAGUGUACCAACGUAAAUUUGAUCUGCGACUAUAUGUCGUUGUGACUAGCUUUGAUCCAUUACGAAUUUAUUUGUAUAAAGAUGGGAUUGUUCGAUUCGCAAGCGAGCCGUACCAGCACAACUUUACAACGAAAAACAUUCGAAAUCGGUUUGUUCAUCUAACAAAUUAUAGUAUUAAUAAGGUGCGGUCUACAGAAAAUUCUACAGCAGUAUUUAACUCAUCACCUGAAGCAGAAUCUUCUAAUCAACAUAAGGACAAAAAGUUUGAUCUGUCUGACAACAAGUGGACACUGAGCACCUUGCAGGAAUACAUGACACUUCACGGGUAUAACUUUCCGCCAGUAAUGGACAAAAUUCGCAGCCUCCUUAUUAAAACCAUUAUGAGUGCACAUACUCAAAAUACUGGAGGUGUGCGACUUUAUGUCAACAAUAGAAGAAGUUGCUAUGAAAUGUUUGGAUUUGAUGUUUUAUUUGACACAGAUUUAAAACCGUGGCUAAUGGAGGUUAAUAUUUCUCCAUCAAUGAAAGCAUCUUGUGAUUUGGACUUUGAGCUCAAAUCUAAAGUCGCCGUAGAUCUUUUUAAUCUUGUUGGUAUCAGAAUCAAAGAUUUAGAAAUGGCAAAAGCAGCACAAAGUUCUAAAACCGCCUUUAAAUGGAAACGUCCUUUUCUAACGACGCUUGAACGGAACAAGCAAAGAAGUGUGAUGGCCAAUGAGUGUUUGGAUAUUUUGCAAAAAUUAACAUCAGACGAUCUUAAAAUUCUCAAAGAAACAGAAGACGAGAAUGCAAGAAAAGGAGGAUUUGAAAGACUCUAUCCAAGCACUAAAUACCUUGGUCAUAGUAAAUUUUUUAGUUCGUUCAACUAUUAUGAUCGAUUGCUAUACCAUUGGACAAAUGCAGAGUCUGAUGACUUGAAAAGAAUAUCUAAAUUGAAAAAUGCGUCUAUGUUGCCGAUAUCUCUUUGGUCUGCUAGAUCACUGAAUACAUCAAAGCUCAAGCCAAACCAGCGACACGAAGUUUUGGUUCAAAAAACAGAAUCUUCAUCAAUAUGCAAAACAGUACGAAAUCAAAAACAUGAUGUGCAUCAAAGAAAAUCAUCAACUGUAAAAACUCGAGGUGACAUUAUUGAGCAGCGGCUUGAAAAGGUGCGGUUAGGAUUAGAGCGCGCGCAAAACGAUUUAGAUCAGCAAAACAAUAGUGUCGAUCAGAAAAGACUAUUGUCAUGCUCAUCAAUGACUUGUGACUACUUUUGUAACAAACCUCAAUUUGACACAGAAUCUAGAAACUCGUAUGCUGCAGGGACUGCCACUCUUUUAUCAUCGUCCGCUGGAAUAGCGUCAUCACGCCUGUCAACAGGUAGUACCAGCUAUGUACAUUCGCCAGUCUUACUCACUACAUCAGAAAAGUUUUCUGUACAUCAUCGAUCACUACCAGCGCAUAAAAACUUGCCAUCACAAUCACGUCGCGCUGCUGGUAGUUCACUUGGUGCACCACAACAUCAACAAAGAAAGCGGCUGUUGACGAUAUUACAGCUAUCAGAUUCACCAGUUGAAACCAAUACUCUUUCUUUUAAAAAUACACAGUCUAUGCCAGAGCUAUUGAAUAAUCUUCAACACAUAAUAGCAAGCAAUAGAAAUCAAAGUAUAAGAAAUCAGCUAUCGCACUGUUCUAUCUCUGUAGAAAUGGACACGCUAAAAAAUAUGUGGAAGCCAGGAAUGUACCAGCCUGUCACAAAUUUUCAGCCAAAACUAGAUACAGCUUUAUUAGUCAAAAAGCCUCCUAGAAUUCAGCGCAGCAUCUCAUCAAAGCUUAAUCCAAAUAACCCGCUUAAUAAGAAUUUAAGCUACUAA